CGCUUCUGCUAGAUAAUAGUAUCGCGCGCGUUACAGCACACGCGUGUUUUUCCGCAUUUGCCGACAACAAAGGGGCCCCGGCUCGCGGCGGCAGAGCGGCAAGAGGAGCCCACCGUCGUCGUUACUGUCGUCGUCGUCGUCGUCGUCGUCAUCGCCUCGCACCCAUGGCAGACCAUGAAGUCGUCCAGGCGAAAAGGCAUCUCAAGGCCACACCGCGCGCGAUAGAUCUUUUGCGGUGGCACGUGGCGAAUUGCGCGAGCAGGAGCGAGUAAUAAUUGGAAACUGUGAUAUAACGGCUAUUAAUACACACCGUUUUCGCUACCAGCUGGAUUUGGGGAUGGUUUAGCUGGUCUGGAUCGUCAUCGACAAUGUUACGUGCUGCAGAGAAGAAGAUUUUGUCGUGCUUGAAAACAGCGUAUCGAGGAUGGUUUGUCGAUAUUGGGCCGGUUGUGGGACCAGCGGAUAAGAUAUGGACCAUUUCAUUGAAUGAGGAAUCGCCGAAGGUCCCAAUCGUUUUACUACACGGCUUAGGAGCUGGAGUAGCACUAUGGUGUUUAAAUUUGGACGCGCUUGCAUCCCAGAGACCAGUUUACGCCAUAGACUUGUUAGGAUUUGGCAGGAGUAGCAGACCCGUCUUUAGCAAUGAAGCACAAAAGGCCGAGGAGCAAUUAGUACAUUCUGUGGAGGAGUGGAGAAGAGAAAUGCAGCUGGAGAACUUUGUAUUGCUGGGUCACUCAAUGGGCGGCUUUCUCGCGGCAUCUUACGCCAUGCAAUAUCCCGAAAGAGUGAAACACCUUAUACUAGCUGAUCCAUGGGGCUUUCCCGAGAGGCCAGCCGAUAGAGAAAUUGUUACGAAGGCACAUAUACCGUUCUGGGUUAAAGCUAUAGCGUUUGCGGUACAACCCUUGAAUCCUCUUUGGGCAGUUAGAGUCGCUGGACCAUUCGGACAGUGGCUCAUCGAAAAGACAAGACCUGACAUUGUGAAGAAGUUUUCUCCCCUACUGAAGGAUGACACUGCUGUAAUUUCGCAAUAUAUACAUCAGUGCAACGCGCAGACACCUUCAGGCGAGAGCGCGUUUCAUGCGAUGAUGCAAGGUUUCGGAUGGGCAAAAAAUCCAAUUGUUAAACGGAUGGAUAAGUUAAACGAUGAUAUACCUAUAACGUUACUUUAUGGCAGUAGAUCGUGGGUUGACAAUUCAGCUGGUGAAAUGAUUAAACAGUUCCGAUCUUCGUCAUAUGUUAAUGUUCAGGUGAUUACCGGAGCUGGUCAUCAUGUUUACGCGGACAAAAGCGAAACCUUCAACAAAUACGUAUUGGAAGCAUGCGCCUUAAGUGACUCGAUACCUCACUUAACAUCGUCAAAUGUACGUCCCUACAUCAAACCCGUAAACGAUCAAGAUAUGGAUGUAAAUGAAGCGUUCGAAGAGCGAAGAUCAGAGGAAAAAAAUCUGAAUACGUCAGGCUCAACAGAAUCAAAGAUUUAAUUUAAAAAUGUAGUCAAUUAUUCUCAUCCAAAAAGGACAUUCCAGUUUCGCUGACUGGUACAAAGAAACAUAAGUAAGCACAUAUUGUGAUGUAAGAAUGCCGCAAGAUAUCUUUAACAUACAAAUACGUAUGUUUAUGUCGUGACACAUGAGCUUUAUGUAAUUUAUAAAUAUUGAUAACGUAAAAGAGCGUAAACUGACGGAUGUUGGUCGCGUGUCAAUUGAUUGACUGUAGAUACUAAGAUAUCGCGAAAUCAUUAAUAUAUAAUACUUACACGUUUUCAAUUUUGGAAAUUAUGACAAUGUAUUACUGCAAAUGCGCGGGAAAUAUUAAGAGGAAUAGUGUGAUCUUGCCGUAAGUAAGAUUUAUAUUUUUAAUCGUCGAGAUUAUGUGCAACUCUAUUAUAGCGCGCUUUAAGAAAUUCAAACGAGUCAAAAAGGGAUCAAAAGUACAAAAGUACGAGGUGUAAUUACAUAAUGGAAGUUUGUACAUUAUGUACAGUCUUAGCUUUACUAACAUAGGUAACUAGUGAAGAGUGAGCAUUCUUGUUAUUGUUAUUGUCUUAUCUCACAGCUGGUAGUAGCAAGAUUUUGUGUAUAUUGUACAAUACAAUUUAUUACUAAUAAAUUAUUUAUUGUACACGCAUGUAUAGAAAGUCAAGCCUAUUAGUAUUAUAUUUAUAUUGAAUAAAAAUUGUUCUCUGAAACGAAUCGUUUUGAAACAAUUUUUGUAUCUCAUUCUUAAAUUCGAUGAUACUCGUUAUUAGAUAUUUUCAUCGAACAGCUGAUAGCAAGAUUUUAUGUAUAUUUUGUACAAUACAAUUUAUUACUAAUAAAUUAUUUUAUUGUACACACAUGUACAGAAAAUGAAUCCUAUUAGUAUUAUAUUUAUAUUGAAUAAAAAUUGUUUUCUGAAACAAA